AUGUCUCCCAAACAGAGGAAACGGCAUUCCCGCGAGAAAAAGCAAACCUCCUCCACCGAAUCUUCCUUGACAUCCCCCGCCAUAGCUACAACCAAUUAUCGUGAAAUCCACCAAACAGAGGCGGAAGCUCUGCAAUCAAUCUAUGGCGAUGACUAUGAAGAAGUGCAGCUGCGCCGUUCGGCAUGGCAGCAAACAUCCGACGUGACCUUCAAGCUCCACCUCCGAGCUUCCUCGAACCCCGAUGUUUGCCUUGUACUACUCAUCGAACUGCCCGCAACGUAUCCCAAAACGGUUCCCAAUAUAUCUCUGGAAAAUCUCGACGAAUUUCGCGAUGGGGCCCGCUCCCGCAUUCGGGAAAUCCUCCGCACGAAACCCAAGACACUACUGGGAAGCGAAAUGAUUUAUGAGCUAGCGGUCUCUAUCCAGGAUGUUCUGGAGGAUGUUGCCCAAGCUCGGGAACAGGAUAAAGAUCUUCCUAGCCUCGAAGAAGAACGGAUGGAGCAGAAAGCUGCUGCUAUCCAGCGGGCGGAGCUUGAGAAGCAAGAAGAACUACGAAAACAGGAAGUUGCAUAUGCGAAGGAAGAGCGUGAGCUGCAGGAGAUGCUCCAGGACAAGCGGCGACGCAACAAGGCUCAGUCGAGGCGCAAGAGUCGAGCCGCCGAUUUUGAUUUCAAUGACGCGGGUGAUCUCGUGGAGAAUACUUCAGAAGUCAUGACAUUUGACCCCCCGGUUACGGUCAAUGAUACUGAUGAACAGCCCUUGGUAUUCCGUGCUGUUUACGGAAAAUCUCUUUUGCAACGCAAGCCGGGCAAGACCACGUUUACUGUGAGGCCUGUCGUGUCUAAAGACCGAUGUCACGUUCCACUCCUUAUUCUGAAAGAGAUCUGUCUCAAUGAAAGUGGCUCGGACACUUUGACAUUCAGGGAGCAAAUGCGAACCAGUGAAGAUAAACUGGAGAGUUUGAGGCGGCUUCGGCAUCCCAACUUGGUGGAAUUUGUGGGAUUCACUAUCAUUCCGCCCAGAAUUCCUAUGGACUCACCCGAGAACUCUGGGAAAGUUCGUGCGCUGCUGGAGUUUGCCAACAAGGGCUCGCUUUCCGAGCUGCUCGAUAUUGUGGGCACCGUUGCUGUUGAAACCCUUCGUGGUUGGAUGAUUCAGCUUCUCGAGGCAUUGGAGUUCUACCAUCGCAAUGGAUUUGUCCAUGGAAAUAUUCAUAGUGGACGAAUUAUGCUUUACAGGACGGUAUCUGGGGGUACCAUUGUCAAACUCCAAUCCAACGUGGAGGAGGCCCUGCCCGAUUCUCCAAGUGGAAAACGUUCUCUAACUACGUCCAAAUCCCCAUUGUGGCUUCCCCCAGAGCUAACGCAGGAAAGUGCUCCAACCAUGAAGACGGAUGUUUGGGAUCUUGGUAUUGUGUUGCUUCAGAUGGCCUUUGGAAAAGAUGUCCUUCUGAGAUACACGUCAGCCAACCAAUUGAUGGUGUCCUUGGGACUCUCUCCUCCACUCCAAGAUUUACUUCGCGAAUUCUUUCGACCAGACCCGAGAAAGCGCCCAACGGCCUUCCAACUGCAGCCUUCGGAGUUCUUCCGCGUGGAUGCGCCUUUGACAAUGCGUAACCGGUCUUCAAACUCCGUGUCGUUGCAGAGACGCCCACGAUUGGACUCGUUUGGUGCAGUAUCGGCCCUUUCUCGUUACCAUCAGGACUUUGACGAGGCCGGCCACUUGGGCCGUGGUGGCUUUGGCCAGGUCGUUAAAGCUAGGAACAAGCUGGAUGGGCGUUUCUAUGCCGUCAAGAAGAUUUCUCAGACAUCUGCUGCGGCACUGAAGGAUACACUCUCCGAGAUCAUGCUGCUGUCACGGCUGAACCAUCCCUAUGUCGUACGGUACUAUACAGCCUGGCUCGAGGAGGACUUCAACCACGUCGAGUCAGAGGCUAUCUCGUCAACUGAAGGUGACCCCUUUGCCAGCCGAGAUCAUCGUGGAUUCAGCACUGGCGGGCUAGACUUCAUCAGCUCCAGUGGGUAUCCGAAAAUCGAAUUCGCCGCCUCAGAUAGUGAUGAUGAAAGUGAGGGAACGCUAUCCGAUCGUGGUACCCGAGACACCCCCGAAGACUGGGGAACAGGCAGCGUAGAAGAUGCCGAAUACGGUCAGGCGAGAUCUAGCUCAUAUGUUAGACCCGUUCUGACUACACUGUAUAUCCAGAUGGAGUAUUGCGAGAAACACACACUGCGAGAUUUAAUCAAGAAUGGCUUGCACGAUGAUGUUGAUCGAUCCUGGCGCCUGUUUCGCCAGAUUCUCGAUGGUCUGAGCCACAUUCAUAGCCACGGUAUUAUACAUCGAGACUUGAAACCAGAUAAUAUUUUCAUUGACGUUGCCAACAACCCUCGCAUCGGUGAUUUUGGCCUUGCCACCAGUGGCCAGUUUACGACAGCUGUACGUUCAUCGGCGGCGGCGGAUUUUGAAGGGAACUUCACACGCAGUCUGGGGACAACGUACUAUGUUGCCCCCGAGAUGAAAUCCGGAUUCUCGGGUCACUAUAAUGAGAAGGUCGAUAUGUUUUCCCUCGGUGUUAUAUUUUUCGAGAUGUGCCACCCGUUGCCAACGAGUAUGGAGCGCGAUCAAACGCUUCGGGCGAUCAGAGAACCGAACCACAUACUUCCGUCUACUUUCCAGCAGUCUGAAAAAGUCGUUCAAGGACAGAUCAUUGCGUCUCUUCUCAGCCACAUUCCCAGCGAGCGACCUACUGCCUCUGAACUGCUUUCCAGUGGACGAAUCCCUCUCCAAGUUGAGGAAGAGACUUUCAGACGUGCUAUCGUGCACCUCCUUUCAGACCCGAAUUCGCCGGACUACAAGAAAAUUCUCGCAGCGAUAUUCUCCCAAUCGCCGAAGAAGUUCGAGGAUAUUGCCUGGGACAUGGACUCACACGGAGUGCCCGCGGCGAAUGAGUUGCUCAUCCAGGGUCUCGUCAGAGAGAAACUGAUCUCCAUAUUCCGGAGACACGGUGCGGUGGAGUCGGCCAGACAGAUGCUUUUCCCACGGUCCCAGCAUUAUUCUGGCGGCGCCGUUCGUCUGUUGGAUGCAUCGGGCAAUCUUCUUCAGUUGCCUUUUGAUCUGACAGUCCCGAACGCUCGCGCAAUUCCCCGACAAGAUCCUUCCUUGGAGAAGACGUUUGCCUUUGGAACGGUCUACAGGGAGUCCACGCAUGGUAGCGAGCCUCGCACUCACCGUGAGGUGGACUUUGAUAUCGUCUCUUACAACACCCUCGACUUAGCCCUCAAGGAAGCGGAGGUGAUCAAAGUGCUCGACGAGAUCAUCGAUGAGUUCCCGCCUCUUCGAUCGGCAUCAAUGUGCUUCCUGGUCAACCAUUCUGAUCUCCUUCAGUUGAUCAUGGAAUUCUGUCGCAUUACACCUCCUCAGAUUCCGUUGGUGAAGGAAGUCAUCAGCAAGCUGAAUGUUGGCAAAUGGACGAUGCACAAAAUCCGAAGUGAACUUCGGUCUCCUACGAUCGGUGUUGCCUCGACGUCGCUGGACGAUCUCGCUCGCUUUGAUUUCCGAGACAAUCUGAAAGAGACUCAACGGAAGUUGCAGACCAUCAUGGAAGGCACCGAAUAUGCAGAGCGAGUCCCCCCAAUUAUCGCCCGCUUGAACGUCCUCAUGACCUAUCUGCAAAGCUUUGGUGUGAAACGGAAGGUCUAUAUCAAUCCUUUGAGCAGUCUACACGAUAAGUUCUACCGGGGCAGCGUCCUAUUCCAGUGCAUCUUCGACAGCAAACGCCGCGACGUAUUUGCAGCAGGUGGCCGAUAUGACCACCUGAUCCAGGAAUUCUCGCCAAAGGUGUUGUCCAAUCGACCGCGAGCGCACGCAGUCGGGUUCAAUCUCAGCUCGGAUCGACUUGGUUCCUCUAUGAGGGAAUACCUGAACUCUAGGGCUGCGCCGAAAGACACCGAGACGGGCGCCGAGCUGUACUGGACCACCCGCCGGUGCGAUGUCCUCGUUGCUAGUUUCGACGCAACUGUCCUUCGCACUACCGGAGUCAAGAUCAUCGAAGACCUCUGGGCGAAUGAUAUCAGCGCAGAGCUUGCCGUGGAUGCCUCGUCCCUCGAAGAGCUGUUGGUCAAGUACCGUGAGCACAACCACCACUAUAUUGUGAUCGCGAAACAAGACAGCAAGGAGCGGGGCUUCAAAGUGCGAAAUCUCCUGCGCAGGGAAGAAUGUGAUAUUCGCAGUUCCGAGCUUGUACCCUGGCUUCGAUCUGAAGUUCAGGCCCGUCACCAUCGGGAAGGCAUGGCGGAUCCACGGCAGUCACGUCAGUCUGUGCAGCAGGAUGCCCUUCUAUCUAACGAGAAGGCGAAUGAUGUUCGGAUUCUCGUGCCUCAACACAGGAGUAAGAAGACAAAUCGAAGGAACAUUGUUGAGUCCGCUCUUCUUCGCGCUCGUGAGGUGGCCGAGAAUGCUCGCAAUGGCCCCGUCGCCGCCAUCGACACCCGCGACGACGUCCUCGAUUCCAUUCGCGACACUCGGCUCUCCGACCCCGACAGCUGGCGAACCGUCAUCCAGACCGCACCGCUGACAGAACGCAAAUAUCUCAGCCAAGUGUAUGAGCUGCUCAGCGAUCUCGCCUCAGAGAGCCACGCCAGCGAAGGCACAGAAAGCUACACCAAUGCAUUUAUCUACAACUACCGAACAGGAUCAUGUGUGUACUACGACCUCGGACCCAGCGACAGGUGA